ACCCAGUGGUUACGUCUUCGCUGAGCAAUCGAAGAGAAAAAUGUUAACACCAAUGUGAUCAGAAAUACCGUAUAAUCGAGCUAUUCGUAGUGACAUCAAAGCUACAUCAAUUUUCUAUAACCUGUAAUCAAUUGCAGCCAUGAAUCCAUCAAUAUCAAAAAAGAUACUGCAGUUCGAGGCCUACAUAAACGACACACUGAAGUCCGACCUAUCGAAAUUAUCCGACAAACUUGAUGAGAAAAAUUCGGAUGUCGCUGAAUUUCUCCAGCUGAAAAGCAUCAUAAUGACCCUGAAGAAUACAAAAUCAAGUGAGACUGGAUUUAAAACAAAAGUUGAUAUUGGAAAUAAUUUUUUUGUCCAGGCUAAAGUCGAGGAUGCCUCGCAAAUACUCGUAGACGUGGGCCUAGGCUAUUACGUAGAAUUUAGUCUCGAUGAUGCUUCAUCGUUGAUUGAAGUUAGAAUUAAAUUAUUGGAGUUGCAGAUUAAGAAUUUGAGGACAGAGAUCAGUAAGACUAAUGCACACAUAAAGCUACUCUUGAUAGGUAUCAGAGAGUUACAGGGGAUCAAGUAGAGAAUGCGAUAUUUUUUUUCAAAUCACUUGAUUCAGUGUGAAAGACGAUUUAAUUUUGUACAAAUACCAAGUGGUGGUUGAAGCACAGCUAAUAAACUCGUUCAACAUGUUGUACCCCUAGACUUUGUGUUUGGCGGGCUGAAGAUCACUCGUGCGGAUUUUAAAAAUCAGCCUCUCUGGCAAAUUUCAUCCACUCGAAAUUUCCCACCAACUGGUGCGUCGCUUUUAAUGUUGACGAGGAACUGCUUUAUUUCAAGUACUUUAUGCGACUACUUGCGCAUAAAUUAGCCUCUCUCUUAUCAAUUACGGGUUCCAAUAAGCCACUUGCUCUCUCCAACAUGAAUUAUCCCUUAAAGUCGAUCAAAGCCUCAUGAAAAUGAAGAAACCAUUCCCCAAUUAACGAAAAUUGUUGUUCCAGAUUUAAAAACACAUAUUGUUUCAACAUCUCCACGAGUAAACUGUAUCAUCAUUUAAGUUACUUAAUUUCUCAUUGCUUUAAUAAAUUUUUAUUUUCUUAAA